AUUUUAUCGUAUGCUUUAGGUAAAGCAAAGAAAAGCCAAAGCAUCACACAGUACAAAGUUACAAAAACAGGAGAACAAGAACACUCAAACUGAAGUAAGAGUCCCGGACAUUACUAGAUCUAGACGUAGCUCUGCCAAGAUCCGGGUCAUCAUCAGUUACGUAUGUUCUAGUUCCUUUGAUAUCAAGCAAUAUAUUCAGAUUUCAGAAUAAUUCCUAGCUAGAUCAUGUUUGACUGUUCUCCCAAAUAUACGUUCCUUCCUCCUUUGCAGUGAUCAAGUUAGGGUGUGCUGGUACUGAAAAUGGAGUUGGAUAGAAUUAGCAGCUUACCAAAUGAUGUUACAGAAAAGAUUUUGUCAGGUUUGCCACUUAAGGAGGCAGUAAGGACGAGUAUUUUAUCCAGAAAGUGGAGGUACAAAUCGGACAUGCUUCAAGCUCUAGUGUUUGAUGAUGAGUGUCUCGAGACUCAAAGUCAUCCAACCUUCAGCUUUGUGAAUAUUGUUGAUCAUGUCCUCUUACUCCAUAAAGGUCCCAUACACAGGUUCCAGCUUUCUUUCAAUGGUAAGCUAGCCACUAGGGAUAUAGAUCGAUGGAUUUUUCACCUAUCCAGAAACCCUGUCAUCAAAGAGAUGAUACUCGACAAUUUCGAAGGGGACAUCUACAACAUUCCAUCAUGUUUGUUUUCUUUUCAAGAUAUCGUUCAUUUAGAGUUAUUCAGGUGUUUGCUAAACCCUCCUUCGACAUUCAAAGGCUUUGGCAGCUUGAAGAGCCUUGAUCUUUGGUCUGUUACUUUGGCCCAAGAUGUGUUUGACAACUUGAUUGGUUGCAGUCCUCUGCUUAAGAUAUUGAAAUUGCAAAGAUGUGAUGGUUUCACCAAUCUCAAAAUUGAUGCACCGAAGCUCCUGUUUAUUUACAUAGUAGGGGACUUUGAAGAUUUUAACCUCGUGGAUUCCUCAAAUCUUGUGGAUGCUUCCUUUGAUUUGCAGGUCAUUGUUGAUCAAAGAGGGAAUUGUAGUAGUUUUGGGAAUUUGCUCAAGUUUUUUGAUCACCAGCUGCCUCAUAUUCAAAGGCUCACAAUAAAGAGGAACUUUCUAAAAUACUUGUCUAUUGGUGCCUUGCCAGAGAAGCUCCCUAAACCAUGCCAAUAUCUCAAUUUUCUUUCUUUAGACAUGAACUUUGACAAUCCGGAUGAAAUUUCAACUGUCUUAUGCCUUCUGAGAAGCUCUCCUGCUCUACAAGAACUGAAAAUUUUGGUGGACCCUAAAAAGGAUCAAUCUGCUGUGGGAGAAGUGGAAUCUUGUUUAUAUGACAACUACAACUGUGCAUAUACUCAACUGCGGCUUGUGGAAAUAACCAAGAUCUCUGGUGUAAAAGCUCAACUAGAUUUCAUCGAAUCUCUGCUUCUAAGUUCACCUUUGCUUGAGAGAAUGACUGUUCAACCUGCAUCUGUCAAUGGUUCUUUUAAGCUAGUAAAAGAUUUACUUCUGUUUAAGCGUGAUUCAAAGGGUGCAGAGAUAAUGGUUUUGGACCCAUAAUUCAUGAAUGAGAGUUGCACCAGGAGCUGCAGACGCAUGCGGAGGCGCAGCACCAAGAACUUGUAGUUCAGUCCAGGUCGAACUCGGUUUGGGCCAAAAACCGAGCAGGCUCGACCCUGCUUUCUCAAAAAAUUACAUAAUAUCACUCCUUGCCUGGUAAAUUCAUGGCCAAGACCUAUAGUAUGCUACUAAUUCUUGUAAUUAAGAGAAAUUUUCGACCAGUAGAAAAGGGAGCCAAUAAGAUAUAGUUUUGGGGGUGCGGUUCCGAUCAAAUUGAUUGAAAAAGAGAUGGAUACAAGAAAGGAAAGAAGAUCAUUGGGGAUUUGAAUUACAAUUAAACAUGGAGAUUUAGUACUCGGAUUCGAAGUAAUAGAAAAAGAAGGGCUAGCAAUAUUAAAGACGUGCUUGGUAUAUGUCUGUCGCUCUUCAUCAUCUUCUAAACUCUUGUAACUGUUCUAGUUUGAGUUAGUGAGUACGUUAGGGUGCAAAUGUUGGAUAGAAUUAGCAAUCUGCCGGAUGAUGUCACAGAAAAUAUUGUAUCACGUUUGCCGCUUAGGGAGGCAACAAGAACAAGUGUCUUGUCCAGCAAGUGGCUAUGCUUCAAGAUCUAGCGUUUUGAUGAUAAGUGUCUCUCGACUCAAAGCCGUACAACCUUUGUGAACGUUGCUGAUCAUGUACUCUUACUUCAUAUUGGCCCCCUACGCAAGUUCAAGCUUUAUUA